UCUGCCCAAUCGAAAGUAGGAACAACAUUAUAGUCUGUAAUGAAAAAUAACACGACAGUCUAGAAAGGAAGUAGAUCUACAUAGUGUUUCUUCUUCACCCAUAUUGUUUACAGUAUCGAUAAUAAAGCUAGAAAAUGACAUAGACUGGAAUUGAUGAAGUCAACCUCACCGUAAUGGACUCAUUUGACGCUAACUCUCCGCGCAAGGUUCUGGAGCGCGUCUCUACUCUGCUGGGAUGCAGCCAGACAUCGAAUGAAGUAGCCACAUAUCUGGACAAUCACGACGAACUAAAGCAUCUACGUGAACAGUUUCUAUUACCAAAAGUUGCAGAACUCCCUCCUUCUGACCUUACGCUUGUGGAUGGCACCAAGGAAUGCAUUUACUUUGUGGGGAACUCACUUGGCCUCCAGCCCAAAAUGGCCAAGAAGUACAUCGACGAGGAGUUGGAUAAAUGGGCUAAAAUGAGGGUUCACGGCCAUGUGCAAGGCUCUCGACCUUGGGCCAGGGCGGAGAACAAUAUAGAGGGUGCUCAUGGCUAAUGUGGUUGCAAAACGUCACAAAAUCCUUCUUGAGGACAAGGCGUUCCCCUCAGAACAUUAUGCUGUGGAAUCUCAGAUCCAGUUGAAAGGAUAUGACCCUAAGCAGAGCAUGCUGCUGAUGAAGCACAGACCGGGCGAGGAGGUGCUGAGAACAGAGGACAUUCUGGACACGAUAGAAAAGGAGGGAGACUCCAUUGCGGUGGUUCUGUUCAGUGGAGUGCAGUACUACACCGGACAGCUCUUUGAUAUGGCCACCAUCACCAACGCCGGGCAGAACAAGCUCCGGCCUGCUGCCCUUAGCAUCUGGCAUGACAGUGCGUUUUUGCUCUUCCCACUGGGCUGCUACGUUGGAUUCGACUGUGUACACGCAGUGGGCAAUGCAGAGCUGAAGCUGCAUGACUGGGGAGUGGACUUUGCCUGCUGGUGCUCCUACAAGUUGGUGGACUGGCUGGAGCUUUUAUUCAUGAGAAGAAUGCACGUACAGUCAAGCCUGCGCUCACGGGAUGGUGGGGACAUGACUUGAAAACAAGGUUCCGCGUGGAUAAUGAAAUGGAUCUACUACCUGGUAUAAGUGGCUUUCGGCUAUCAAACCAACCCAUCCUGCUGGUGUGUCCACUGCAAGCUAGUUUAGAGGUCUUUGCUAUGACCAGUAUGGCAGCUCUGAGGAAGAAGUCCAGACUUCUGACGGGUUACUUGGAGUGUCUGAUCUAGCACUACUACAACAAGGACGAGUCCCAGCCUCACAAUCCCCACGUCCAUAUCAUCACUCCCUCCCACCCUGAGGAACGAGGAUGCCAACUCUCCCUCUCUUUCUCGGUCCCCAUCGCAGCCGUGUUCCAGGAGCUGGAGAAGAGGGGCGUCGCUUGUGACAUGAGGGAACCCAACGUUCUGCGCAUCGCUCCGGUGCCACUCUACAACUCCUUUAGUGACAGUUCACCGCUUCAUCGAGGGUCUAGGAUCAGCUCUGGCUGCCAGCAAAGAACUACAACAAUGAUAGGAAGUCUUUUUUAUUGUUACCCCACCUUUCGGAGUAUUUUUGACCGUGUCAAUAAAAACGAGUUGUUUUUAUACUGCAA